AUGAAGAUCACCAUUGUUGCCUCUCUCUUCCUCACUAUCGCCGGUCUCGCCGCCGCUUCACCCCUGGCUCAGCCUGAUGAUGUUCCGAUCGUCCCUGUCGAACCUGAUAAUGACCCGAGCAUCACUUCCAUUCCUGGGACUAGCUGCUCAGGAUCUGGGCGAAUUAUCUGCAGCAUCAGCGAUGGGCAGCGGCCACUUGUCCCCCCAGCACGUCGUGCCGUUAUAACAGCCAGAAAAACUGGGCUUGGUGCGAGCGCUAUUGAGGCUAGCAUGUUGCUGAGGUGA